AUGGAAACAAAGAAUUUACCAAGUACCAAGGAAAUUCUUGAUAACGCCUACUUUUUAAAAACCUUUGGCGCUAAGAACGUUCAAGUUAUUCGAGCUGAUAGUGAAGACUGGAAUCAAAUAAAAAAUCAUUUUGAAGAGUGCCGACACGGACCUGGAUGUUGUGAGCCUCUUUAUAUACUUACGCCAAAGAAGUAUUACCAUUCAAAAAAUUGUGACAACGAGAGUUGCCCGUGUACUCUUAAACCGGCAAAGGAAGCACUUCUGUCAUUUACACGACCAUCUUCCGAUGGAGAAAAUGAGGACUGGCACAAGGCGUACACCAGUUCAAAAAGAGAAGAAUUCGUUCGUUCAAUACUCUGCCGAAUCUUCAAUUCGCCUGUACCACGAACAUUCUUGGAAAAGUCCACUUAUGAUAAAUUAAAGUUAGCUGAGGAAGCAAUAUUCCAAACGGAAAAUGAUGAAGAGCAAUAUCUCUCUCGGCUAAUUGAAUGGGCAAUGAACUAUAAGGGCGACCUUUAA